UAUCAAAGGUAAACACAUUUGUCAAUGUUAUUCCAACAAUAUGUGUAACUACAACUACAAGUUCGCAAUUCUCUUCAUUGCUUUAUGUUGUGCCUUUCCAUGGAAUUUAGCUACAGUAGUUUAUGUGUCGGUCGACAAGGAGACGGGGGAGUUCUUUCUAAAUACCACUAAAGGCGAGGAUUAUGUUGCUUUUGCUCACUUUAAUGACUCGAUAGACGAUGUUGGGUGGGCGUUCCUACAGGUAAAUACGAGCGCAGACUAUGAUGACUCCCAGCAAGCAUAUGCAGCAGGACUGGCAGAGGGCUACCUUACCAAGGACCUUAUAUUCCUGCACUGGAUCAACACUGUGCAUGGCUACUGCAAGGAAAAGGGCAAGGAAAUGUGCACCAAACUCCAGAAGUUUAUCGAAAUAAAUAAUGAUUGGCUGGAGAAUCAGAUUGCACAGCGAGCGGAUACGGAUCCGUAUUGGCACCAAAUCCAGCUGAUUAUUGCUCAGUUGAAUGGUUUGAACGAUGGCUUCAGUAGACAGCUAGGUGACGGCUACUACCAACAUACCUUACUGGACAACGACAUCGAACACAAUACAAUAUUCCAUGAUAUUCCUUUUGCCAACAGAAUGCUCAUGUUCCAGUUGAGUGGAGAUCUGGAAGACCUGGAGCAGGUCUUUAACAAGAACAACGUCACUUUGAAUCGGUUCGAACGGGUUCUCGGCUCCGGUUCGUGUUCCGCCCUCAUCAAGCUGUUGCCUGGCAACAAGGACCUGUACUUUGCACACGACUCGUGGUCAACAUACCAGUCAAUGUUACGCAUUCUGAAGAAGUACAACUUCCAAUAUCACAGUCUUCCUCAGAAGGGUUCUGAUAUUGUGCCAGGCCACACUAUGUCUAUGUCAUCCUAUCCAGGAACAAUCUUCUCCAUUGACGAUUUCUAUCUGCUGUCUUCUAGCCUGGUGGCCAUGGAGACAACCAUUGGGAACAGCAAUGCAGGCCUGUGGCCACAGGUGAAACCACAGAGACAGGUGCUGGAGUGGAUGAGAGUCCUAGUCGCGACUAGACUCGCCAACACUGGGAAGGAAUGGACGGCAAUCUUCAGCAAGUUUAACAGUGGAACCUAUAACAACCAAUGGAUGAUAGUAGACUUCAAUUUGUUCACACCAGGAAGGCCUCUACCAGAGAAAGGACUGCUUUACGUGCUGGAACAGCUUCCAGGAAUGAUUGUGUCUAAAGACAUGACUUCGAUUCUAGCUAAGCAGACGUACUGGCCUAGCUACAACUCUCCGUACUUCCCACAGAUCUUCAAAGCAAGUGGGUUACCAGAGAUGGUAGAGAAGUAUGGUGACUGGUUUACAUACGAUCGCACUCCGAGGGCUCUCAUAUUUAAGCGGGAUCAUACGAAAGUAGUGGACACGUCUUCCAUGAUUAAGCUCAUGAGAUAUAAUGACUUCAAGAACGACCCAUUGUCAAGGUGCAACUGCACCCCACCAUACAGUGCUGAGAAUGCCAUUGCGGCUCGCAGUGACCUGAAUCCAGCGAAUGGUACAUACCCAUUUGCCUCGCUAGGCCACCGGUCUCACGGAGCCAUCGACAUGAAGCUUACGAACUUUGACAUGGCCAAACGAUUUGAGUUCAUCGCCAUCGCGGGGCCAACGCACGACCCUCUUCCACCCUUCCAGUGGAGCACAGCCAGCUUUCCAGGAGAGACACCGCAUGUUGGGCACCCUGACCUGUGGAGCUUCGACCCGAUACACGUUACAUGGACUCAACUAGACUAGCUGCCAUGUUUUGCUAUGGGUUUUUGAGAAUAUGAAUAUUGAAUAUGAAUUGAAAGUACGCAAGAACAGCUGGAGUAAAUUUUUUGAGGAAAUGGAACUAAGCGUACGUCGGUUUUCUAAUUGUGUUAACUCAGUUAAAAUCUAAUAUGAACUGUACUUGCAUAAUGGCAUCCAAUAAAUUGGUUAACCCCUUA